AUGAAAUGCUCCUUGUUGUUGGUGUUUUUUAGUUUCAUGUUGUAUUUUGUUCCUUGCUACCAACAGUUCCCUCGUCUGUGUGCCACUCAGGAAGCAUUGCGCACUAAGGUGUGCUGCCCGCCUUGGGAAGGGGACGGCUCGGCCUGCGGAGCCAGCUCGGGCCGGGGCUUCUGUCAGGAUGUGGAGGUGUCGGACCGGUCCGACGGGCCGCAGUACCCCUUCUCUGGACUGGACGACAGAGAGAAGUGGCCCCUGGUUUUCUACAACCGGACUUGCCAGUGCGCAGGGAACUUCAUGGGCUUCAACUGCGCGGACUGUAAGUUUGGAUACUUUGGUGUGAACUGUGACCAGAGGAGAGAGUCUCUCAGGAGAAACAUAUUUCACCUGUCCCGGGCCGAGAGGAUCAGACUCGUGUCCUACCUGAACUUGGCCAAGCAGACUGUCAGCAGGGACUAUGUCGUAGUCACGGGGACCUACAUGGAGAUGGAGAACGGCUCUGCCCCGAUGUUCGCUGAUGUGUCUGUGUAUGAUGUUUUUGUGUGGAUGCAUUACUACGUGUCCCGGAACGCGCUGCUGGGGGGGCCGGGGAACGUGUGGACCGAUGUGGACUUUGCCCACUGGGCGCCUGCGUUUCUCCCGUGGCACCGCGUGUACCUGCUGCACUGGGAGCAUGAGAUCAGGAAGCUGACCGGAGACAGGAGCUUCACCAUCCCGUACUGGGACUGGAGAGAUGCCCAGGGCUGUGACGUGUGCACGGACGAGCUGAUGGGGGGCCGGAGCACCCAGGAUCCCAGUCUGCUCAGUCCAGGCUCGGUCUUCUCCUCUUGGAGGGUCCUGUGCUCCAGAGCAGAGGACUACAAUAACAGAGGUGUGUUGUGUGAUGCCAGGGAAGAAGGCCCAUUGCGUCGUAACCCUGGAAACCAAGACCGUAAUAUGGUCGAGCGAUUACCAACUUCAGCAGAGGUGGAGUUCACUCUCAGUCUGACCAACUAUGACACCGGAGCCAUGGACCGCAACGCCAACAUGAGCUUCAGGAACACUCUGGAAGGAUUCGGGGAUCCUCAGACCGGCUUGGGAAACAGUUCUCGUAUGGGCAUGCACGCUGCUCUCCAUUUGUUCAUGAACGGAUCCAUGUCGUCGGUGCAGGGCUCAGCAAAUGACCCCAUCUUCCUUCUCCACCACGCUUUUGUUGACAGCAUUUAUGAGCAGUGGCUCAGGAGGCACAGACCAUCUCCAUCCCAGUAUCCAGACUCUAAUGCUCCUAUUGGGCACAACAGUGAAUACCACAUGGUGCCCUUCCUGCCCCUGCACCGAAACAGAGAAUACUUCAUCUCCAGCAAAGACCUUGGAUACGAGUACUCCUACCUGCUAGAUGCCAAUCAGAGGCUGUCAGAAUCCAUGCGGCCUUACCUGGAGGAGUUGCAGGACGUGUGGCCCUGGCUGCUGCUUGCAGGGCUCUGUGGGGGGAUCGUAGCGGUGGCCGUAGCUGCUGCCGUUGUCACUGCAAAGCGGAGAUACCGAGGGUCCUCUUGGCUGCCUGCGAGCAGUUGGAAAAACUUAUUUACUCUCCCAGAAAGGCAGCCACUUAUCUGGAGCAAUGACACUGUGGAAAGCAGCCACCGUAACUACCAAACAACUAUGUGAGGGCGCAGCAAGCCCCGUGUA